ACGUCAUCGACCAGAUCAUCAACGACGUGAUCAUGGACAUCGAGCGCAUGGCCAUCCUCGCGCCCAGCCUGACCCUGGCCGCCGAGAUCAUCAAGGAGGCCGAGGUGCGGCGGCGCACGUUCCUAAACGGCUGACGCGUGCCGCCGCCGCCGAGCCAAAGGCGACAACACGCAAACGCACAAAGCGCCCUGCUCAACUAACUCACAAUACCUUGUCGACGAAAUCCAUCCCCCCCCCCCCCCACAUGUCCUCCCUGCCACCCCGGUCCGACUUAUUUCAUGGGCGUAUCGCCGAUCGGAUUCUCCUUCCUCGGCACCCGAAACAGGGACUGCUCGCUCGCUCCCUCAUCCUCUUAACUCCUCUCACUUACCGUCGCCACCACUGCGGCCAUAACCCGUACGCCUGCAUGGGGUUGCCACUUUUGUUUUUCUCUUCUACCAUGCCGUGUCUACCCGCUGCCUGGGCCGCCCCGUCUCGCGUAUCUGGGAACGGGGGCGAUAGUGGCUCGCAGAGGCAUGCCAUCCAGCGUUCUCGGCUGUGCUUAAAUGCCCCGUCUACAUCACACGAAGGUCUUCUCCCGGAGGUGCACGCUGCGAUACGACCCUCGUUUUGGUGCGAGAGGGGGCGGGGUGACGUGCGAGAGAGUGAGAAAGACAGGCGAGGGCAGAGAGGUAGACGAAGAAGGUUACGACAGCCAAGGGCGUGCGACUCUCUGUCGGGUCCUCAUCAUCUCUUCCCCCCCCCCCCCCCUUUUCAGCCUUGUCGGGUCUCUAGGGAUCAGGUCCCUUCGUGGCUGAUUUCUUCUGGGUGAUUGACCCUUCCUCCUCCUCCUCCUCCCAGGGACGAGCUCGUUCGGAAGCGGCCCCCAAGGACGACCGGCCAGCGUGGCUCAGUCACGCUCUCCGGCCGCGCUGGAAUAAUCUGGGGUUGCAUUCUGGGGGUGAACUGGCUAGGCGUGGUUGGCGG